CUAUAGUUCCGGAUAUCUCUAAUUACAGACGUUUCAAUGCCGACAUGUUAGUAGCCACUUCUGGAGUGUUUAAACGGUAGAUAUAUUUAUUUUGGGUUGAUUGGAUGGAGUUCCUUGCCGCCGUGUGCCUCAGUGUGAUGCACAGGAAUUCAGACAACAACUUAUGUCCCGAACUGAGGCGUUGGUGUACUAAAAGAGCCGACUGGGACUGUUCUUCUGCCAAUUGUACCCUCCUGUUUACCACAAGUUGACAACUCCGGGCGGAAGCAACGAACUAGUUUGAUGUCAGACACCUGUGAAGACCAUCUUCUCCCUGAGCAGCGAUAGUGGACCUCAAGGAUGGAGCAGGAUGAGCCUCAGCCCCCCUAUUUUAAAGAGGAAGAGGGGGAGCCUCCACAAAUAAAGGUGGAAGAGGACGAGCUGCAGUGCUCCCACAUUAAAAGGGAAGAGGAGGAGCCUCCACAAAUAAAGAUGGAAGAGGAGAAACGGCAGUACCCCCACAUUAACAGGGAAGAGGAGGAGCCUCCACAAAUAAAGAUGGAAGAGGAGAAACGGCAGUACCCCCACAUUAACAGGGAAGAGGAGGAGCCUCCACAAAUAAAGAUGGAAGAGGAGAAACGGCAGUACCCCCACAUUAACAGGGAAGAGGAGGAGCCUCCACAAAUAAAGGUGGAAAAGAAAGAGCCACAGUACCCCCACAUUAAAAGGGAAGAGGAGGAGCCUCCACAAAUAAUUGUGAAAGAGAAAGAGCUGCAGUGCUCCCACAUUAAAAGGGAAGAGGAGGAGCCUCCACAAAUAAAGAUGGAAGAGGAGAAACGGCAGUACCCCCACAUUAACAGGGAAGAGGAGGAGCCUCCACAAAUAAAGGUGGAAGAGAAAGAGCCGCAGUACCCCCACAUUAAAAGGGAAGAGGAGGAGCCUCCACAAAUAAAGGUGGAAGAGAAAGAGCUGCAGUACCCCCACAUUAAAAGGGAAGAGGAGGAGCCUCCACAAAUAAAGAUGGAAGAGGAGGAACGGCAGUACCCCCACAUUAAAUUGGAAGAGGAGGAUCCUCCACAAAUAAAGAUGGAAGAGGAGCUGCAGUACCCCUACAUUAAAGGGGAAAAGGAGGAGCCUAAGCAACCCCACAUUAAAGAGGAGGAGCCACAUGCCUCUUACUUGAAGGAAGAAAAAGAAUCCCAGCUCCCCCUCACAUUACAGAGAAAGAGGAGUUGUAUUCGGCCCCAUAUUAAAGAAGAAGAGGAGGAACAGAGCAUCAGUCAGGAGGGAGAGCAUAUUGAAGGACUGGAGGAGGAUGAUGUCAUCAAGAUUGUGAAGAGUGAAGAUGAGGUCAAAAGUGAAAGUGAGGAGGAGCCUCCAAGCAGCAGCUCAACACAACACAUGACAACAGAAGCUGAUGGCGACCACUGUGACAAGCUCUUAGCUCCACUCUCUGAUAGUGACGACACGACGUCGCACUCCCCUGACACUGACGAUGAAGACUCCGAAGGUGAUGCAACAUGUCACGCUGACAACACCCUCUUCACAUGCUCUCACUGUGGCAAAACCUUUAAUCGCCGUGGUAAUCUAAAAGUACACGUGAGAAUACACACCGGAGAAAAACCUUUUCCCUGUCCAACCUGCGGUAAAGAUUUCACUCGGAGGUACCAUUUGAAAAGACACAUGACAACACACACCGGGGAGAAACCUUUCCUCUGCUCCGAAUGUGGUAAAGGAUUUGCACUUAAAAGUAUGCUGAAAGGACACAUGACAACACACACCGGGGAAAAACCAUUUUCUUGUUCGACAUGCUUUAAAGAAUUUUCCCGGCGGUACUAUUUGAAACUGCACAUGACCACCCACACUGGAGAAAAACCUUAUUGCUGCUCGGAAUGCGGUCAAGAUUUUGCACGAAAACACUGGUUGAAAGAACACAUGAGAGUACACACCGAAGAAAGCACGUUUUCUUGUUCAAUCUGUGGGGAGGAUUUUACCGAAAGGCAACAAUUGAAAGCGCACAUGAGAGUUCACAUUGGAGAUAAACCGCUCUUCUGCUCAGUAUGUGGGGAAGGUUUCACACUAAUUAGUGAAUUGAAAACACAUACGAAAAUGCACACUGUAGAAAAAACUAUUUCUUGUUCAAUUUGCGGUAAAGGUUUCACACGAACGAGCGGGUUGAAGAUACACAUGAGAAUGCAUAGUGGAGAAAAACCUUUUACCUGUUUAAUCUGUCGUGAGGGUUUUGUACAAAGUCAAUAUUUGAUAGCACACAUGAGAACACACUGGUGACAAAACAUAGCCCACUGUAAACCGCAACAAAUGUUUUUGUGUACAAAGAAACGUUGUAGUAAACAUGACAACACACACUGGUGGAAAAAAGUGUUGAGUUGCAGUGUGUGUGAUUAAAAGAUUCUCUUAUACAAAACCAGUGAAGUUGGCAUGUUGUGUAAAUGGUAAAU